ACCUCUUUCACAACCUCCCAAAAUGGAAGCCCUAACCUUAAUCUCGCCGCAUUUCCGAAGGUUUACCGCCCCAUCUCCUCUCCGAUCUUUAUUUCGUCGAAGCAUAUCGUUGAAGGCUCAGCUCUCGACGGGUUCCUCACGAAAAUCCGGCGCCAAAGAGUUCCCUAUCGCCGGAAUGGAGGAAGCUUUUAUGGGUUUUAUCACCGGAAGGAAGAAAGCAACGGAGGUAGCUCACUCGGUGUGGAAGAAUAUCAUUCAGAAAGGAGACACUGUAAUUGAUGCAACAUGCGGCAAUGGUUAUGACACGCUGGCAUUGCUCGCAAUGGUAGCCGGUGAAUCUGGCAGGGGUUGUGUUUAUGGAAUGGACAUUCAGCAAGAAGCAUUGGACAACACUUCUGCUUUACUGGAAAUAUCAGUUGAGGAAAACAAGAGGAAACUAGUGAAGCUCUUGAAGCUUUGUCAUAGCAAAAUGGAAGAUAUUGUUCAAAAUGACAACUCUGUCAGACUUGUGGUAUUCAAUUUGGGCUAUCUGCCAGGGGGAGACAAAGCAAUUCUUACAACGCCAGGAACAACGCUGGCAGCAUUGCAGGCUGCUGGUAGGGUACUGGGGUCUGGAGGACUUAUCAGCGUCAUGGUCUAUGUUGGACAUCCAGGCGGAAGGGAUGAACUGGAGAGCAUCCAAGGUUUUGCAUCUGGUCUGCCCGUUGAAUCCUGGGCAAGCUUUAAAUUGGAAAUGCUUAAUCGACCAACUGGCCCUGUUCUUAUUCUUAUUUUCAAGAAGUGAAAUGACAUGCAAGAGUUCUGUUUCCAGGAAGGAAAAUGUUUGAACCUCCAGGAAGAGAACUUAUUGUAAGCUAUCGAGCACGUUGGCAAUUUUAUAUAGCAACAUUCUAUUUUCGUA